AUGCUUGAACACGACCCCAACUCGGAUAGGAGGAAGAGACGCAAGACGGACAAGUCGAACAAUAAGGGCGGGCAAAAUGGAUCGAUUGCGAGUUUUAUGGGAUGCAAACAAACGGAUGGCGCUUUAGAGAGCCAAAAAAACCCGGUAGAUGAGCUUCUCCCACAAGAGAAAAGUCAUGCAACGCCAGCAGCCGAAUCUCAGGCCGUUUCCGUCCACGACGGGUCUACUCUCAGCACCCAGAACGACUCCGACCAACACGGACAGCCAGAACAACACUCAAGUAUAUCUACUGCGCAUGCCUCGGGCGUUUCUGCAUCUACGAACGAACCGGCGGAACGAAGAUCUACAAGACAAAAAACAGUUAAAUUGUUUCCGAAUGGAAAGCUGUUGAGCUCACCGGGGCCUGAAUCCAUUGACGAAAUGCCCAAGAAAAGAAUCAGCAAGCGGGGAAAGGCCAAUAGCCAGAAAGACGGCGGGAAGAAAGCGUUGCUUGUCGUAAAGUAUGGACGCGAUGAUGAAGCCAGGAAAGGCCUCGGAGUCUUGAUCGACGAUAUCAUCAGUGAUCGAAGAAGACACGGCGCUCCAAGCGUAGCUCCUGUCCCAGCACCCGCGCCAAAGAGACAAUCACCACCGAAGCCGACGCAUCCGUUUUUUAGGAAAAAGCCUACUCAGGCAGAUACAUUACCCACUUCAUCGCCUGGCCAUGGCUCGGAACAGGGUGCCACAACACCAAGCGAACCCUUGGCUUCGACUAGCAAUGGCUUGAACCCCGACAGAAAAAGGCCAGGCAUCAACCCGACAUCAUUCGCCAGCUUCAAGCCCAAGCCUAAAUUUCCCGACCUUCUUCAGCCAGUAUGGCCUCCACGAGAUUUCACGCACAUUCGCGGGAUCGAUACGGAGGAUGUACGGACCCCGAAGCCUCCCCUGAACAUACACCUGAAGAAAGCGAAAAUGGCAGCCAUUUGUAUCCAUGACAAGGAAAACGUUCUUUCACCUGAGGUCCAGGGCUAUCACCAUGAUACUGCACCAGUACUACGAACCCCAGGCAGAGCCGUGGCCAGUGGGGUUACUCUACAAAAGGCAGUUACCAGAGAGCUUUCUCCAUCAUGUCUGUCCACCCCGAAUGAAGAUUCUCUAAGCAGUACCUGCCAUCCCGCCAUCCGGAAAUUGCAUUCCUCCACUGGGUCCUCGAUGACAGCCUUUGACCGUGGGCAAUACGAUACCCUUCUUUGGACACAUAAAUAUGCCCCCAGCACCGCGGACGAUGUUCUUCAGUCUGCUCGUGAAGCAUCCAUGCUCCGCGACUGGUUGAAGUACCUCAUGGUUUCGGCUGUCGAUACUGGUAAAUCUUCUAAGGAUACCGAAAAAGCCAAGCGAAAGUUGGACGAGAAAAAAAGGAAGAAGCGCAAGUCGGAUAAGCUAGACGGGUUCAUUGUCUCGAGCGAAGAUGAGGCGUUUGAAUUGGGUGAGAUGAGUGGCUCUGACGAUGAACUCGCUGGUGAUGUAACUGUUACAUCUAAAAAGUCUCUUGUAAGGUCGGCAGACUUGGCCGGUGGUUCUUCCAAAUCCAAGACCGACAAGCCCCGUGUUUCGAAUGCCAUCUUGCUCAGCGGACCUUCCGGGUGUGGAAAGACUGCGUCCGUCUAUGCGGUGGCCAAAGAGCUUGACUUCGAGGUCUUUGAGAUAACGCCGGGCAACCGGCGCAGCGCUAAGGACAUCCUGGACCGCGUUGGUGACAUGACACGGAAUCAUCUUGUACAACACGCCAACUCUGGUGAACAGCACUCAAAUAGUCAAACUCCUGACAUUGAGUCUCCAGAUCUAGGGUCGGAAGAUACUAAGCAAAACAAGCUGGUAGGCUUCUUCAAGUCAAUUCCAGCCAAAGCUCCGAAGAAAAAGGAAAAGUCUCCGGAGAAGGAGCCUGAAAAAGAAUGUGACCAGAAAGCUCCUCGUCACCAGAAACAGUCUUUGAUCCUUCUGGAGGAAGCAGACAUCUUGUUUGACGAGGAUAGGCAAUUCUGGUCGGGUGUGCUCUCCCUCAUUCAGCAAUCAAGACGUCCAAUAAUCAUUACCUGCAAUGAUGAAAAGCUCAUUCCCCUCGACGACAUCUCUUUUCACGCCAUUCUUCGAUACCGAGCUCCUCCCCAACACAUCGUUGUGGACUAUCUACUUCUAAUGGCUGCCAACGAAGGCCACAUGAUACAGCGAGAAGCCAUCGAUCACCUCUACACUAUUACAGGCAAAGAUCUCCGUCGGUCGAUCAUGGAGCUAGAUUUUUGGUGUCAAAUGGCGGUGGGCAGCGAAAAGUCUGGCCUGGACUGGUUAGUCGACAGGUGGCCUCCAGGGGUGGACCUCGACGAAGAUGGUGACCCAGUGAGGGCGCUCAGUUUAAACACAUACGAACGAUUCAUGGGUUGGUUCAGUCGGGACAUGUUGAUGAGCACCAGCUUAGAUCACAUGGUCGAGCCUCAACAGGAGUCCCUGGAUUGGUGGCAAUUGAGCCUCCAGGAUAGUGAAUGGUUAUCAGGCUUGGGCAGGCAUUUGCCGCAGUCUACUCCGUCUCAGUCCAACCAGGAACGACUUGAUCAACUGCGACAUCAAGACGACCUUUUCGAUAGGAGAAGUGACCUCGAUAUCCUAGGCUCUGGUUGCUCUCUUGAUCACCGCCUGGAUCCUGUCGAUACCUUUGUGCCUCAACUUUCUGAAAAACAGAGGACAAACUACAUAGAAGGUCACCAACUGUUAGCCGCCGAUCUUGCUCCUGAUUACUCCUCGCUUUCAAAAGCCAUUGGGAGCACCUUUGGAGUCCUUCUGGACAAGGUCUCCCGACCAGCCUAUCAACCCGAUGUCGAGGCUUCCCAGUCCACCAAGGUAUUAGCACAUAUCACCAGACCUAAAACACCAGGCCCCACGCCCGCCGAUUUUCUUAGGGCCUUCGAGCCCGUCAUGCGAGCUGACUACGUAUUCCCUAUUCCAACGGGGCGAUUAUCCCCGUCAUUCGAGAAUGGAAUCGGCCCAAUCGCGGAGGAUUUAGGGCCCUACAUUCGAGCCAUCAUGGCGUUUGAUCUCAGACUGGCCCAGCACCGAUUGCAACUAAGCGGGCUACUCUCUCAACAAGGACAAGGGACGAAGAGAGUGCGACAGACGAGGGCGAGUCGGGCGGCCCUCGAAGGGGGCAGCAAGUCUGAAACUCGAAAAGAACGAUGGUUUCCCAUCGAUACCAAUCCCGCUCUUAUCCUUGCCACCGGCAGUAAAGAAUGGCAGGAUCUUCUUGUCCAGAAUGGAUACUUCACCAUGGCCUCCGUGGAGGAUGCCCGUCGCGAGGCAAGCGAGCCCGCUGUCGACAGCUCCAGCGAAGGAGGCAUAUAA